AUGCUAGAAUACGCUGGAUAUUCCCAGGCCCCGAGCCCAGGGACCUCAUUUAGCGGGGUUACUCCAAAUGGCGCGCCAAACGCGCACUACUAUCUCAACUCAGGCAAAGCUACAUCGCAGCAACACAAUGCUACCACCAACAACCACCACCCAAGACCAAAUGGCGCUGGUAUGCACAGCAACGGCAUAGGCGGCGUCAACAACGGCACCAAUGCCAGCUUCAACCCCGGUGCCAGCACUACCACGACGACUACUAACACCAAUAGCACCACGAGCCACGCCAACGGCACAAGCAACAAAGGGAGUGCUGGCCCUGGUGGUGGCGGUGGUAGUAUUACUGUCACUGUUACCGCCACAACCACGACCACAACCACCGCUACUGCUACUGCCACCACCAAUGCGAACUCCAAUUCGCACACCCAUCCCCAUUCUUAUACCGCAGGGACACCCAACAGCGCCCAUCAUCAUCAUCAUCAGCACACGCCUAGUUCAAGUGCUAAGAAAGUCAAGACCAAGAGGACCAAAAGGGCCUUCGCGCCUCACUCACGCCCCGCGCCGGAAAAGACAACCUCAGCCGGUUCCUCGCCAGUAAUCUGCAGACACGAAUUCAACUCGCCCAAGUCUGCGUCUAAUCAAGAGAACCCCCCGGCCAAGUCACAUGCUAACUCUGCUGGCUGGAACUCGAUCAAACGAUCCGUCUCUUGCGCAUCACCUUCCGUUGCAAAUGCAGGCAGGAGCGCCAACCCGGGCCUGAAGGAGCAGCAACGUUCUUCCUCUAUCACCAUAGACACCGGCAACCCCAACGGCCACCCCGUGAAUGGCAGUCUCCCUGCCGGCGUCAAUCAAUUCUCAGAACCUACUACUGCGUUCGUCAACUACGGCCAGGGGCCGCCAACAGACAUGCUGUCCACCACAAACGCUCCCCUCAAGUUAUUUAAAGACAUUGUACGUGCCCCAAGGCCGCAGAAUGGCCAGUCGAAUUCUGGGCCCGUCAUGAAUGGGUUCCGUAAUGAAUUCAGCGCGUCUCCUUCCCCUGGCCUGCUUCGCUCUGAUAGUGGAGUGGCCAAGUCCAAAACGAGCAAGAACGGUACCACGCCAACUUCUACUGCUUCCAUGCACCCGGCUACUAAACCUUCCAGCGUUCGCAAGGACAACCGCUCCCUCAAAUCUACCCCUACGUCGGUGCAGGCUAUUGAAAUGCGAAGCUCUUCCUCCACACCAAAGUCGCAAUCCAGUGCCAGGCCUACAACUUACCAAGAAUCAACGCCGGGUUCUGGCUAUACUUCUGCUACAAAUGUAGACUCAGAAAAUAGUGUUCCUAAUGGCACGUUGGGGAAGCCGAAGCAGGCAGACCCUAUCGGGAGUAGCAAGGACGCAGGUACAACGCUGACGUCGUUGGGUACGUUAAAAAACCCCAUCAUCAAGAAGUUUACAAUCAAUGGGAUGCCUCAUACCGCUGUACUUGUCACAUCACGUCACCCUGUUAUACUUCCCAACGGAUAUACUCUCAAUCCUCAGAGUCCGGUUGUCAUUGCGGAUGAUGAUGAUGAUGGCACCAGCUCAGCGAGCCCAGUUUUGACGUUAAAUAAGGAUGAUCAAGCUAACUCAGCGAGCCCAGUAAACCUAUAUGAGGAUGGUAAUACUGGGUCAGCGAGCCCAGUUGUCAUGAUGGAUCUGGAUGAGAGCGUUGGCUCAGCGGAUUCAGUCAUCAUGGUUGAUGGGGAUACCGACACUCCAAGGCCCGUUGUAAUGAACGAGAAUAACGAGCCUGGGCCCGCAACUGGGGCUCUUAUGGUAAAUGGUGGUGGAGCUGGUCCGGCAAACCAAAAUGUGACAGUGAAUGGUGUCGACGAAGCUCGUCCGAUCACGCCUGCUCCUGUUCUUACGAAUGGUUUUGCCCACCUGGCGGCAUCGAGACCAAGGAUUCGGGUAAACCCGGAGAAAAAAGCCUUUGAUUCCGACGCAUUUGAUGCUUUAAUAUAUGCACAGCCUGGAACCUUAUCACCGCCGAAAGGUGUACGUGCUUUUGGACAUGGCAAGAAAGGCAACGAUAGAUCGCAAUUAGACGAUCGCCUCUAUCUUCACCGAGAUCCAGCGAUUCAAGGAAUGCAUGAGCGAUCGGAGGAGUGGUACCGAAAAAAACUCGCCCUUCGACCUCCAGGAGCUCGAAAGAAAUGGUUUGGAAGAGUCAGAGAGAGACAACGGUGGUUAAGGUCGCAACAAGACAAAAUAUCUCGGCCGAGCGAUAACGGGCUUCGGGAAAGAGGUCCCAAGAGGAAAGAUCCAGAACCUUGGACACAUCAGAGAUCCCUCGAUUUUGGCGAUGUCCCAGAAGAUGAUCUCCCAUCAUAUGUUAAAGAGAAUCCUGCAUGGCUGAAGUUUUGCGGCAGGCUUCGUGACGCAAGAACUAGAAAGGAUGUAGUGGACUCUACUGUGCAGCGCCGAGAACGAGUGAAGCAGCAAGUAGAGGUUGAGAAAAGACCCCUCACCAGGAAGGAAAUCGCGCAAAGACAGCUGGCCUCGAAGUUCAUGCGGCAAACUGAGGAGUUCUACAAUUCGAUGAAACAAGCGUAA